AGAAUAAAAAUAAAUAUAUAAUUGUUGAAGAGAAUAUCCGAAUCCGAACAAACGAUGAUUCAAAUUUCAGGUAACUCAGCGUGGAGUUUAUCUCAAUAAAUGUGCACUUUUGUUUGGUAAUCCCAAGAAGAUCGCAAGUUUUUCUGGGGGUUACAGAUCAAGAACAUCCUCAUCAAACGGAGAAUCAUAGUGGAAAAAGUGGAGCUAAUCAGCAUGAAUUCAUCUGGUUGUGCUAUCGUUACUUUUCUUCUACUUUUUAUCGGGUGUUCUGCAAGAACUCUUCAUCCACUUCCAAGUGAUAAGAAUGAGAAGAGGAAAGAGCCCUUGCAGACUUUUCGUCCAUUUAACGUUGCUCAUCGGGGUUCAAAUGGAGAACUCCCAGAGGAAACUGGUCCUUCAUAUCUGAGAGCAAUUAAAGAAGGAGCAGACUUCAUAGAAACAGAUAUAUUAGUUAGCAAAGAUGGUGUUCUUAUGUGCCAUCAUGAUGUUAUACUUGAUGAUACAACUAAUGUUGCAGAACAUAAGGAGUUUGCAGACCGAAGGAGGACAUAUGAAGUUGAAGGGGCUAAUGUAACUGGACUUUUUAUAUUUGAUUUUACAUUAGAAGAACUAAAAACUUUGAAGGCAAAGCAGAGGUAUUCGUUCCGUGAUCAACAAUAUAAUGGAAAGUUUCCUAUUAUUACAUUCGAAGAGUACAUUUCGAUUGCGAUAAACGCUCCAAGGGUCGUUGGAAUAUAUCCAGAAAUUAAAAAUCCUGUAUUGAUGAACCAGCAUGUGAAAUGGCCUAAAGGGAAGAUAUUUGAAGAUGUCUUUGUGGAAAUUCUGAAGAAACACGGGUAUGAAGGUUCAUAUUUGUCGAAAGAAUGGCUUAAACAGCCUUGUUUUAUUCAGUCAUUCGCCCCAUCAUCACUUGUUCACAUCCACAAUAAGACAGAUCUACCGAAGGUCUUCCUCAUUGAUAAUGUGGAUGUAACAACCCAAGACACGAAUCAGACGUAUUGGGAAAUAACUUCAGAUAGUUAUUUGGACUAUAUCAAGGAAUUUGUUGUUGGGAUUGGUCCAUGGAAGGAUACAAUUGUUCCGGUAAAAGAUAACUAUCUUCAAACGCCUACCGAUCUAGUGACCCGAGCACACGCCCGUAAUUUACAGGUGCAUCCGUACACAUAUCGCAACGAAAACCAAUUCUUGCAUUUCAACUUCUGUGAAGACCCGUAUAUGGAAUUCGAUUACUGGAUAAACGUAAUUGGAGUUGAUGGUCUUUUUACGGACUUUGCCGGUAGCCUCCACCAUUAUCAAGAGUGGACCGCUCCUCGAUCUGCAGAUGAUCUUGAUGCAAACAAACUAUUGCAAAAGAUUUCUUCGAUGAUCUUAAAGUUCGAGUUGCCGGGCAGAAAAUAGCUUUUUCUUUCAAACAUCUUUAUAUUCCAGGUGUGUUUUCUUGAACAUCAUUGAUUUAGUAGUAAACAGUUUGGUUUUUUAAGAUUUGCCUUGUUUACAACUAGUGGUUUUCUUGAAUUUAAGUUAUGGAAACAUUGUUUUCUUGAAA